AUGGCUAAAAUUAUUUUUCUGAUACCUAUUAUACUGUUAAGUACACUUUGGUUGUAUGUUUUACAUUAUUGUGCUCCCAAUUUAAAUGAAAAUGAAAAUUUUAAAGAUGAGUUAAAAUUUCCAAGUAAUUUGGAAGAACUUAAAAAAAUUGCAGAAACAUUAAAAAUAUAUUCGAUUAGUAAUUGGUGGUUUGUUUUUUUAUUAUUCGGAAGUGCCUACAUUUACAAACAGUCAUUUUGCAUUCCAGGCUCGUUAUUUUUGAAUUUAUUAGCAGGAGCUUUAUAUGGUAGAAUCGGAGGAUUAUUUAUUGCAUGUUUGCUUACAGCAAUCGGUGCUACAUUUUGUUAUUUUCUUUCGCUCACAUUUGCCAAAGAAAUAGUUUUUAAAUAUUUUUUAAAAAGAUUUUCAAAGUUUAAGAAAAAAGUUAAUGAAAAUAAAAAUAAUUUAUUUUAUUAUAUGCUAUUCAUUAGAUUAGUUCCAGUUACUCCUGGAUGGGUUAUUAAUAUUGUUUCACCUCUUGUAGAUGUUCCACCGAUAAUUUUUUUUAUAAGUACAUUUUUCGGAUUAGGACCUUACAAUUUUGUUGGAGUAAGUGCUGGUCAAAUGUUAUCAUCUUUAAAAUCUAUCGAUGAUGUUUUUACCUGGAAUGUUUUAUUUACUAUAAGUGCUAUUGCAAUAAUUGUCGGAUGUCCUACCUACUUAAUGAAAACUCUAGGAAAAAAAUACAAGAUUAAAACCUCAUAA